UAUCUCGGCGCGCACUUGAUAAUCUAUGCGACGCAUCAAUAUUCUCACACGUUUUCACGAUGUCGUUAAUUUCUCGUAAUCGGUUCUCGGCAGUGUUAAAAGACUCCACUUACAUGGCGUUGUAACAUCUGAAAGAAGUUUACGAUAAAGUACUUGAGGAAGCUUCAGUUUCAUCAACAAGCUUGGCUGUGUGAUUGGCGCAUUAUUUGAUUGUGAGAUAUUUCUUAAACCAUUGGCGAGAGUAAUAAAAAAAUAGACAAGAAUAUAGCAAAAGCUCGCAUAGACAGUGCCGACUAAUUAUUUUAAGAUGACAUCCAAAGUGUUGAUGAAAUUACCAACGGUGCCCUUUCCUCAAGGGAAGAAAGCACCACCAGACUUGGUUUCCUUAAAUGAGAGGAAUGAUGGAUUCGCACAUGUUAGGCAUCAAGGUUUAAACAUAGAUAGAGUAACGCAGCUCGAGCAGAACAUGAAGUUUUUACAGGAACAACAUCAGGCUACUUUGGUUGCCUUACAUCAAGAAAUAGAAUCCUUGCGUCAAAGAAAUAGAGAUUUACAAUUUCAAUUGGUAUUUUCCAAAAGAGCACACUGUGGUGCGGCUAGCAGUCCUUCUUCACCGGAAGAUAAUGGAAAUGGGUUUGCGAAAUCAAAGAAUAGCCCAAUAUGUGUCAAUGUAACGCCUCUACAAGUGGAGCUUCUAGAGAAAGAUUUACAAGACAUUAAGACGUCAUUACAAGAAGCAAAAACACAUAACCAAUAUUUGUCGAACAUCAUAGAGCAGCAAAAACAGAGAUUGGACGUGACCGAAGACCAGAAGAAUAAAAUCGAGAUGGCAGAUGUAGGAGUUCAAGUCGGAGAUCCUAUGCAAGCAAGUUUAGUUGUGCUCUUGGAGGAAUCUUAUGCAAUGGUGAAACGAUUACACAAGGAAAAUCUGGAUCAAAAGAAGGAAAUAACUUCGCUCAGGGCGGCUUCAGCAAACAAUGCCGGUUCCAGCAGAGGUGGACGUCCUCGUGAUGGCAACAACAGUCAUCACAGUCGUGGUUCACCUACUAGUUCGACGCAGGAACAGAACUCUCGCAAAUUUCCGCCGUUACCAAUACCAAGUUACUGGCAUCGUAGAUCACCGAGAUAUAGCUCAAAUCGACAUGAAAAACAGGAUCAUCAGACAGAUGCGGAAUCGACCGUUUUACCUCAACUUCAGAACGGCAGCGUGAAAUCCGCGGAAGCGGGUAGUUUCGAGUCGACAUCGUACCGAUCGCGCGAGUACCGCAAUUACGGUCGCGACGGCAGUAAUCGCAAAUACAGGGGUCAAGCUUCGCGAAGAGACAGCAAUCACUAUUAUCAUUCUCGCGAUUUUAAAGACAGAAAUUCCAGAGAUCAUCCGAAGGAUACGGAUGACACUGGCGAGGGAUCGAAACACGCGGAUAAGAGGCAGUAAAUCGCGAAGUAUACGUUACCGAUUUGUAGAAAUUACGCGAGCUUUAGUUCAUCGCGUUGGAAUGCAUCGAGAAUUUCGAUAUCAGCUAUAAGAAAUAUCGAUAACGAGCGAUCAAUGUUUUCUUGUACACAUUCAUUGGUGCUGAUUAAUCAUGUCAGUUUCGUGCAUAUAUAGCUAAUAGGAUAGCGAUGACGAACGAGUAUAAACCGUACGAUUUUCGAUGGAACAAUCUAAUCUGUAUACCAAUUUUAUUCGUUAUAGGCUGCUAUAAAAGAAUAUAGGAGAGCUCGCGCUUUGUAGAUCGAUGAUAAUCAGCAGUCUCUAGCGAAAAACUUUGAGACAAGAUCUUUUUUGCAGACGAGGGAAGACACGACCAAGAGCUCACUGAGUGUUAGCUUUUUGGCUGAUGCUUGUACUUAACGGGCUUGAGCUUGAUAUGCGUGUGAUAUUCCGACACUGUCGAUGCAUGCGCAUUAAACUUUUACUCGAUGAUGAAGCAUUAGAGAGCUGCUUCUGAAAAUCGAAUCUAGUCAUUUUCACGUAUUCUAUUAUUGAAACAGCGGAUCGUUGAACGAUCUUGCUAUUAUAUUAUAUACAUAUAUACAUAUAGAAUAUAUAUUUUCUUAUAUUUUUUAUUGGUUUUAUGAAUCUAUAUGAGUGAUGUAUAUUUCGUUGCAUACCUCGUACUUCCAAAAUAAAGACGCUUUACCUGA